CGAGGCAAAUAUAUUCUAUAAAGGGCUGGGAACAUUCACAUGGUAUGGAACCAUCUCAGUGUUCUCCACUGUGAUGGCGCAGAGCAACACCGAAUUCGAAUUCAAGUUCAAAUUUUCCUGUCGGCUGGUGCAAAUGAUAGCCAUUCCCUGAGAUGGGACAUGGUGAAAAUGCCUCUCUGUCUGAGUGGGGCUUUCCUAUAAACACCCGUGUCUGCUUUUGGCUUGCAUGCUCCAGUUCAGGGUCUGUGGACGUGCCAAGAAUAAAUCUCAGAGCAUUGUUUAUGCCUGCUCAUGUCUGCGAUGUCAGUAGCUAGUGCCUGGUCUGUGGAUCACCCUGUCAGUGGGUGAAGCUGCAUGCCAUGGCAGCUAGCUUAAUGGGGGAACAGAGAUGCAAGCUGAAGAUUCAGCUGUCCGGGAAAUUGGAGUUUGUCCAGAUGAACUGCUCAUGGAAGCAGGUCUACCAUAGACCUGCUUCCUGUGACAUAUUCAGUGGUGUCAGACUUCCAAUUGGAUGGUUGGGUCUUUCUUUAUAUUUAUUCAUUUGAUAUGUCAGCGCUAGCCGAGUGAUGAGAAUUGUUCUGAUCAGAGUGGUGCGCUGUCGACCUGAUGGCAUGCAAUCAGGCGUUCCAGUUGGAUGUUCCCCAUUGGAAUGUAAUAAGGCCGGCCUUGAGGACAACUUGGCACCUCAAUGCUCUGGCACUUCACAUGA